AUGCCGACCCCGACGCCGCGAGCAAUCAAGUUCGCCUUCCUGGCGCGCGAGCAGUCUGAAGGCGUAGGCGCCAAGGUGCGCCGGUCAGUCGGGACGGCGAAACUGCGCAACUUCACGCCCUUCCUGAUGCUGGACCACUUCAACGUCGACCCGAGCGCGGGCUUCCCGGACCACCCGCACCGCGGGCAAGAGACGAUCACAUACAUGCUCCAGGGGGCCAGCGACCACGAAGACUUCGCGGGCAACAAGGGCACGAUCUACGCGGGCGACCUGCAGUUCAUGACGGCCGGGCGAGGCAUCAUGCACGCCGAAAUGCCCGUCCAGGACGGAAAGAACAUCGUCGGCCUGCAGCUCUGGGUCGAUCUCCCGGAGGAUCUGAAGGACUGUGAGCCGCGGUACCGCGACCUGCGGGCGGCCGAGAUCCCCACCGCCACGACCGACGACGGCAAAGUCACCGUCAAGGUCAUCUCCGGCCGCAGCCUGGGCGUCGAUUCGCUCAAGGACCUCGCCUACACCCCCGUCUGGAUCCUCGAGUUCGUCAUCCAACCGGGCGGCUCCGUCACCCAGGAACUGCCCCAGGGAUGGAACGCGUUUGCGUAUACCCUGGAAGGAGUGGUUUCCUUCACCAACGGCACCGACAAACCCGCCCAGGCCGUUCCGCCCUACCACAAUGUCGUCUUUGAGCAGGAGGGCGACCUCGUCUGCGCCUCCGUCGAAGAAGACGCCAAGGAACCCGCCAGGUUCUUCGUCAUUGCCGGCCAGCCGUUGGACCAGGAAGUCGUCCAGUACGGUCCCUUUGUCACCACCAGUCGCGAGAAGGUCUACCAGGCUUUGGUCGACUUCCAGACCGCCAGUAAUGGCUUUGAAAGGGCCAAGAACUGGGAGAGUACGAUUGGGAAAAGGAUUGGGCGGGUCAACUGA